AGCGAUAUUUAAACUAAAUUAAUAUGGCGUUCAUAUUAUUGUAUCCAGCUGUCGCUGUACUUGCCUUGUUCAUUGUUGGUGUCAUCAUAAUUAUAUUACGUUUUGGACCAAGGCUUUGUGGUCUACGGCAUCAUGCGUUGCCAGAUAAUAAUGAAUGGCGCCAGCGAGGAUAUGCACAAGAGAUCAGCUAUGCAUAAAUGCAAGGGACCACGUUUAU